AUGGGGUCCGAGAACCGUUCAGUAGCCCGCUACGAGACAACAGUGGUAUACACUAAUCCAGAGGCCAAUGUUGACAUUGUUCUUGUCCAUGGGCUCAAUGGAACGCCCGACAAGACAUGGACGGCCAAGAAUGGAACUUUCUGGCCUCUAGACCUAUUACCAGUCGCACUCAGAGGCGCCCAGGCUAACAUCCUGGUCUAUGGGUAUAAUGCAGACGUCUACUCCAAAAAGAACAAUCAAACAGCCAGCGACAGCUUCAUUCACCAGCAUGCGCAGAAUCUCAUAACAAAUCUGACCCUCCAUCGCCAAAGCGAAGGCACGUUCAAGAACCCCAUCAUUUGGGUAUGCCAUAGCUUGGGGGGCAUCCUCGUCAAACGAGCUCUCCUCUACUCAUGUGAUGUUCGCGAACCUCACCUGGAGCAUUUCCGAUCCAUUUUCGUUUCGACCUUCGGCCUGGUCUUCUUAGGAACACCUCAUGUUGGCUCAGAUGCAGCUACUUGGGGUCUCAUUCUUCAGGCCAUGUCCGAUGCAGUCAUACCCAAGAGGUUUUUCGACACUGAGUCGGUGCUUUUGAAGACUCUUAAGAAAGACAACGAAACCCUGGCGAAUAUCAACAGUCACUUUUUGGAUAUAUACCAGCGCUUUGAGAUUCAUAUGGUUCGCGAGAAUCAGAAGACGGAUAUAAAGGGCCACAAAAUUUUCAUUGUUGAUGCCAACUCAGCUGGACCUCAGUUGCCUGGUGUUACUUACUACGGGAUAGAGGCGUCGCACUCCAACAUGUGCAAGUUUGAUGGCACCAACUCUCCAGGCUUUCGUAACAUUGCUAUCACUAUACAGCAGUGGAUUCAGAGGGCCCCAUAUGCUACCCAGGAGCGAUGGCUUGCCGAAGAAGACGAGAGACGAGCGCGUGCCAUGGCAAGGGCAAAUGAGAUUAUGUCGCCUUACACAAGUCAGACUCAGACACCUGUGCUGGGUCAUGAUACAUCAUCGUUAAGAGGGAAGAAGCCAGUCCUGGAAGGAUCAUCUCUGGCGCUACUCAACAGAGAUGAAUCAAUCUUCGUUCACCCGGAACGCUUCCGACCCAACUCGCUCUUCAGAGGUCGACAGCAAGAGUUGCAGAAUCUUCAUGCCAUGCUCAUGGACCGACAGCGCAGAGACCAAGGUACCUCUGCUGUUCUCAUAUGGUCAGUUCCUGGAGGGGGAAAGACACAUCUCGCCAGGGAAUAUGCUUUCAAGCAUCGCCAUGACUACUCAUGCGGCGUCUUCUGGAUACGCACAAAGACUCCUGAAGAUCUCGAAGACGGAUUCUUGAGGAUUGCAAAACAUGCCAUGUCUCGGGCAGAAAUUGAUAUACAGGACGAGACCACUCUCCAGAAUCCGAGCAAGGUGAUCCAUUUGGUUCGAAACUGGCUUGAUCGAUCAGAGAACUGGCUCCUCAUCCUGGAUGGAGCUCUAUAUGACACCCCGAAUCUGAAGAAUUGCAUACCCGAUGCGAGAAACUCAAGCCUGAUCCUUACGUCUACUGACACAUCCAUCGCAGGGGACCAUCACUUUGACAAUCCCCAGAAACUCGAACUCGGACCCCUGGCUGAUAAUGAUGCUCACACAUUGCUGCUUGAGGGUAUGGACAAGAAGAAACCCUGGACUCAGGACGAUUUCGACCGCGCUCUCGAAGUAGUUCGGUUGGUCGAAGGUCUGCCACUAGCCAUACAUACCGCAGCUGGCCAAAUGAAAGCUACCAAAGAGCCACUGGCAAAGUACAUUCGAUCUUGCAAGAAGCGACCCCGUACCGGCGGGCUGGGGGCUUACAAAGCUGUGCGAGAAAAGCUUAAGGAACGAGGGGAGACAGCGGCGCUUAACCUCAUGUACUUACUCGCAUUCUGGGGAGGACGGGUGCCGGUCGAGAUGCUAUCACUUGGCCUCAAAGCACUUGACAAACGCACUCCUGUGCGUACCCAUGACUCCAUGGGUAAGCGGAGUCUUAACAAGACAUUCACCGUUCUCAUAGCGUUUGCUCUCAUCGAGCGUGACGAGAUAGAAGAUGUCCCAUCCGUGAGCACGCCCAGCGAGACGAUCCCGAGUUCAAGACCAAUGGAGCCUCUCGAUUUGCUCAAGAUCCACGGCAUAGUGCAAAGCUUCUUUCUUGAGGCCUUGAAAAAAGACGGGCAGUACAACUUUUGGCUUGAACGUGCUGCCGCUGUUUUCCUCGAGUCUUUUGACCGGGGAGAUAGCCGUGCCAAGAACAAUAAGGAGAUGGGUAUUCCAGAUGACUAUCGAAGGCCGAGUCUAGAACUCAUGUCCGUUGAGCAAGCCUUGCAAGGCCGUUUCGAGGGUAUGCAGGUUAAGAUUCGCACCUUGGCGCGCUCAAUGACCACAGACUCUGAAGGAAGAUGGGUUCGGGGACCCUAUGUGUCGGUAUUUGAGAAAAGCAACAGUGCUUCUCUGUCGAGUUCUUUUACCACUCCGGACGAUGACGACAUCGAGGAAGAAAAGCAAACCUCUUGGGACUUGCGCACGAGUUUCCCUUCUCUAGAAGCAGACAACGAUGCACCAUAUCCUUACGAUAGUACGAUGCCCGUACCAGUGUUCUAUGAGGAUGACGAUAACCUGAUGGGAAGCGUGGUUUCUCAGCAACGGCCAGCAGAAAGGCGUUCAAGUGGCAACAGCCCGAGGGUGUCUGAACGUAAUCUGAACGGUAGUUGGACUUUGAUCAGGGAACCAAGUGUCCCUCGAUCAAGGCCACUCUUUGAGCCUACCGAGCGCGUUACAAGGCCGACAGUCAAAGGCCAGAGCUUGGGGGCUAUUCCUCGACCAGACUUUCACCAUCGAGAGAUAACUCGCGAGCGUGCUGAAGAAAAUCCGUUCAUGGGUUCAGGAGAUGGCAUGAUCCCAACUAUGGAGAUUGCCAACGCAGACUGGCUCACCCAUGAUCGCAUUACAGACCUUCCACGCGCAAGUCAUUCGGAUACAUCUCUCGAUGCAGAUAUUGACCAGUGGGCACCGGGCCUGCCUAUCACCAGCCACUCCGUGAGCAGCCUCAGACCUAUACCUCAUCAUCAUCAGCACCAAGCAUCUUAUCAUCGUCGUACUCUCUCUACUGGGGAGGUUUUGUCAUCUUCCUUGCCAGAUAGCCUUGCAAGCAGCACCCUUCGACCAGCGUCAUCAGGACCUGAAAGUCACUCUUCUCAGCCCAUGUCACGAAACUCUUCAUCUAGAUCAGAUCAGCCUGUCUCGAGUAACCCUCCUGUUCCCAGGUGGGCACGCCGUGUACCAUCGGCCACAGCCACAGAGCCCUCGCCACGACGUAUCACAAAUAGUCCUGACAAUAGCUCUUCGGGGUAUCAAUCAUGGCAGCUGAGACAAUCAGGGCCCUGGAAUCCUGAAGGGGCUUCUAGAAGGGAAAUCACUUCGAGCCCUAGACCAGAGGUGGAGGCGGAUGGCGCGGACAUGGUGAGAUCAGGUUCUGGAGGGAUUCAAUUCCAUGGUCGCAUCAUUGAAUUUGGAAGACUGCAGCCAGCAACUGCGCAACCAGUUUAUCCAUUAGAAAUCAGCGAGUCGACUCACGCUCUGGAAAGCCAGGCUACCGCCACUCGAAGAAGACGGAACACAAAUAGCCAACCUCUUGGUUAUCCCCGACCAGAUAAAUCACGAUAA